AUGUCUUAUUACAACAGAGACGACGAAAAUAUUUCAGAUAACCGUCGCCGCCAUAACGAGUACGGUUCAGGUAGACGAGAUGAAGGAAACGUCGAGACGGGUGGAUACGGUCGUGAAUCUCAGCAGUAUUCCGGCGGAAGACAGCACGGACGCGACGAAUACGGCGGUGGUAGGAAGGACGACUACGAGUCUACAACCUUCAAUCAACCUGCACACAAUUAUAACCAGUCUCAUCACGCGGGCUCAGGCCGUCACGAUGAAUAUGGAUCCGGCAGUAAUAGGCGCGAUGAUGAUGAGCGAGGCCAUAACCGUCGAGAUGAGGGAGGUUAUUCUGGAAUGGGCGGCGGACGCUCAUCCGUUGGCCAAGGAGAGACUUAUGUCGGUCUUGGAAACCGUGGUGGUGACGAUAGGAGGCAUACAUCAGACGCCUAUGGAGGUGAAGGUUUCACGCAAGGCGACUCGUAUGGGAGAGAAUCCAACUCGAACACUCACUCUGGAGGAGGAUAUUCAGCAAUGGGAAACAACAGUGGCUCUGGACAUGAUGCCUACGGAUCUGGUCAUUCGAGCUCCAAUUACCAAGCCGGCAAUCCCAGCUCAAGCAACACGACAAAAGGCACCGAGGAUGUCUAUGUAGCAGGAAGCGGCGACAAAUGGAAGCCUGGACAGGAAAUGUCUUUCCCUGCAGCUGAGGCUGAGCCGGAGAAGAAUCCCUAUGCGUCCCAAGCAACGCAGUAUGCUGGUGAUACGCAAAACUUGGUCAAGCAAGGAAUCAAGGAUGCCGAACAGUGGGCCGUUAACAAGGCGAAGGAAAUGUUUAAUGGCAACAAGAAGUGA